AUGCGCUUACUUUUGGAAAAUGGUGCAAAUAUAGAUUUACCAAACAAAGACAAAAUGAGUCCACUUUCAAUUGCGUCUCGUGAAGGGCAUUUUUACGCAGUUGAGCUACUUCUUCAAAACAAAGCCAAUGUUUAUCAGAGAGAUAACACUGGAAACACACCCGCGUUAUGGGCAGCGUUUGGUGGUCACAAGCAUUGUCUUCAAACAUUGAUGUAUUGUGGAUCAAGUUUAAAUGACUGGAAUGACAAGGGUGAAAAUCUUUUGUUCUUAUCCAUUGCAAGAAGUAACUUAGAUAUGACAAAGAUGCUAAUUCAGGAAGGUGCAGAUAUAGAAAAGUCUACGACAUAUGGUAUGAGGCCCCUUCAUGUUGCGGUUUUGCGUGGGGAAAUUUUGGUAACUCGUUUACUUCUUCAAAAUGGAGCGAUAGUAAAUUCAUUAAAAGGAGAAGAUUUGCCAGCCUUGCAUAUAGCUGCAAGAAAUGGAAAUGAAGAAAUGACAGAGUUGCUUUUGUCAUACCAUGCGAACAUCAAUGAAAAAGAUAAAAACGGUUUUACAGCCAUUCAAACAGUUACAUCAGUUAAGAACGAAAAUAUAAUAUCUCUUCUUUUAGGGAGAUCCGAUAUAUCUUUGGAAAAUAUCAAUGGUGAGAACGUUUUACACAUUGCUGCAAGAAAAGGAUUCAAGUCUCUGGCAGGAUACCUUAUAAACACAUAUCUUGACAUAAAUAGUCGGAAUAAAUUUGGCGAAACUGCAUUGUUUCUAGCAAGUGCCUAUGGUCAUGGAGAUGUUGUGAAGCUGCUGAAUGACAAUGGAGCAGAGGUGAAUUUUGGAGACGAAAAUAAUAUGUCACCACUUUACAUAGCAUCCCAGAAAGGUUACAAAAAUAUAGUUUUAACGUUGCUCAGAAAUGAAGCUAGAUUUAAUAUGUGCCGUAUGGACGAGGUAACCCCACUAAUGGCUGCGUCAGCAAACGGACACAUCGAAACUGCAAAAUGUCUCUUAGAUUAUAAGAAAAACAUAACAUAUAUAAACCAACAAGAUUGCGAAGGCAGAACAGCGUUAUGGCACGCAGCAGCUAAUGGUUAUGUGGAGGUUGUUAAAACAUUAUUAGAUUAUCAUCUUAUUGACAUCAACAAACCUGAUCGAUAUCUUGUACGUCCAAUAAUGAUAGCUUCUGCACAUAAACACUCAAAGGUAGUGAUUUCCUUAUUAAAGCAUGGAACAAUUAUUAAAUCAGUCAGGGUAAUACAUGUAGCUGUAAAUAACACUGUUGAUGUAUUUAGGGUUAGAAAUCAGAUCGAUGAAAUUUGA